AUGAAUAAAAGCCGCCGGAGAUGUGUUGGUUUACUCUCGUUUCUGAAGACAGCAGCCCAGUUUACGCAAGCUCCUUUUUCAUCAGUUAAACCACAACCCACUUAUGUUCUGGGCAACACUUCAGCAGAUCUAGACUCAAUCAUUUCAGCAAUUAUAUACUCUUAUUUUGCAACUUCGGCACAGACCCAACAUGGUCUUCAGUAUAUACCUGCCAUAAACCUAGCAGAUGUUCCUGCUGGGCGAGAAUUGAGGAGGUUGCGACCAGAAUUUACCGCUGCGUUAAACCUCGCUACACAAAGACCAUUGGAAAAUUUACAAACAAAAGGCACGGGAGGGUUAAAAGUUUUACCUGACGAUGAUAAUACGGACAACUUACUCAAUGAGAGUAUUUUGACAGUGGCCGAACUAAGGCAUAAUUUACUUAGUUGGAAAAAGUUGGAUGAUAGGCAAGCACUGAAAUUGAAUGUUUUCAUGGUGGAUUGGAACGCAUUACCGAAGGUUACACCUCAUGAAUUUGGAGUCCAUGGACUUACAGACAGAAUUGAAGGCGUUAGCGUGUCGGUCGUAGGCUGUAUUGACCAUCAUGAGGACGAGGGCUUCAUCUCCAAAUAUCUGACACCAUGUUCGGGAACGGAAGCCUCAUGCAUUCAAACUGGGGUGGGAAGCUGUACGUCUCUGAUUAUACGCGAGUUACGAAACCGUGGCUGGUGGAAUGAUCACAGCUCACCAAUGGUCGACGGCACUUCUAGUGAUGUAGUAACUCCCGGAGGCAUGGACGAAUGUGAGGGCCCAUUGGAAUUCGAAUCUCAAGCUGCACAGCUUGCAUUAGCAGCCAUUCUAGCGGAUACUGCAAAUAUGACAAUGGAAAGCAAAGUAUCCGACGUGGAUCGGGAAGCUGUGAAAUUCUUAGAGAAUAAGAUCAAACAGUGCUCGUCUAUUGCUUGGGAUCGCGACAUGUUUUACCAUCGCAUUAUGGAUGCCAAAUCUUCCAGCGUGGAUUACCUUACUGCCCAAGAGACUUUGGGGAGAGACUAUAAGGAAUGGGUAGAAUCUGUUCGCCCAGGUCAUAACGUCAAAAUUGGAAUAUGUUCUGUUGUUAAGCCGGUAUCCUGGCUUCUCGAGAAAUGCAAGUCUGAAAACCCUCAAGAGGACUGUGACGAAGAAGCAUUCUUCGACGUUCUGAGCUCAUUUUCUCAAGCCAGGAAUCUUGAUGUUGCCGUCAUCAUGGCUGCUUUCUCAUCACCCCGAGAAAACGAGUUCCAGCGUGAACUAGUAUUCACUAUUUUGAAUGAUGAACACCUUUCGAAGCUUAAAGAGUUUGAGGAUGUUGCGGUUAACUACCUAAAACUUGAAAAGAGGCCCUUCAGCGAGACAAAUAAAGAUCUCCCGGAGAUAGGGUUAAAAACACGGAAUUCUAUUCAGACAGAAGACGAAAACAUGCCGACGUCAAUCGUUUAG